AUGACCGAGGCCCAGCGAACCGGGCACGCGCUCAAAAACUACUUUCGCGACCUUUCCACAUCCCAAUCACUCGCGGCAGAUGAAACCUCGUCGCCGACUCCCGCGCCGCAGCCGUCGGUGCGCCAGCGAACGAGAGAAACCGCCAAUGAAAUCAGCUCCCUGGCGAAGAGGGGCCCCAGCUCGAGCCAGAAGACACGCGCCGCCCAAUCCCCGGCGGGGUCUGCUCCCAAGGUAAUCGACGUCAGGAGCCUGCCCAGGGGCCUGUCGCGAGCAGCACGCGGCGGCUUUCGCGGGGGACGGGGACAGCUCGGUGCGCUGCCGUCGCAGGGGCAGCCUCCUCGCGCGCAGUCCCCUGCCGGGAGCAGAUUCUCCCGGCCGUCCGGCGGGAGGGGAAGGCCCAUGCUGCGCGGGGGUCGUGGCGGGCGAGGCGGGCGAGGCGGGCGGGCGAGAGGCGCGGACAGGGCACAGGACGACGCCAAGGACAAGCAGAAGAAGCUGGGCAAGCGGCAGGAUCCGUUCGAGGCCAUGGACCCGUACGAAGAGCAGUUUGACAGGGACAUGCGGUUCGGGGUGGCGGCCGCGUACGCGCCGUGCCUGACGCGGGAGUCUCUGGCGCCCUUUGCGCCGGCGACGCCCACGGGCGCUGCGGGGAGGCGGGCCACCGUGCUGGAGAGCCUGAGCGCGCUCGGCACGGCGGACCCCGUCGGCGUGCCGCAGGACUUGCAGGCCCGGAGCUAUGCGGCGGACCUGGAGAGCGAGGGGCGGCGCUUCUUUGCGGACGCCAAGGCGAGGGAGGCUGCGGAGCGCUACCUCCGGGGGAAGAGGGCCGGCGGCGACGGCGGCGACGGCGCCAUCAUCAGCGACGCGGAGGAGAGCGUGCGGCGCGUCGUCUUUGACAGGGCCGUUUGCGGGGAGCACGAGAAGAUGGCGUUCAGGCAAGGGCCGGUUGGCGUGGCGAGGAACUGGCAUCUGAGGGCGGAGACGUACACGGGGAGAGACGUCGAGAGCUUCGAGAAGAGGCUGACGUCGUUGGUGGGCAAGCGUGCUGGUUGA